AUGCACCUCCCCGCAGAAAAAAACAUCCCCUGCCCGCUAGUCAAACAAACAGGGAUAUCAGAAAAACUGACGAGCCUCUCAAACAAGGUCUCUGCCGUCGCCGUAGAUGGUCAGACCCGCACUACGAGUGCCAAUACCUCCCCUCGGGCAUCUCGUGCACAGUGCGAGUCAACAACCGGGAAUACCAGUCAGAAGGCGUGGUGGAGAGCGAAGUCCUCGCACGCGAAGCCGCAGCAAUGCGCGCUUAUUUGCUUUGCCGGAAUUUCUCCGUCACCGACGGCGCACGCCCUGGCACCAAUGCGCUGGGAGCUGGGAAUGGUACGUCGCCCCCGUCACAACAGGCUGCAUCAUCUCUUGCAGGCGGCCUUAUGCCACCGCAUCAUGGAUAUCCUGGGCCCGGAGCUGGAAACACUUAUGUCACUCGCUCACUACCUGGCCAGGGGAACUUGCCCAUGGAUAAUGGAUCCUCCGGUAGGAUGGUCACGUCCCAGGGAGUUAUCGUCGUGGGCCAUCCGCAGGUUGGCACUUGACUUGGGUGUUUCUGAAAGAAAUAGGUUCGUGGGGUACCUUCGUGCGUGCGAUGGUAAUGGAGAGUGCGGGGGGUUUUUUUUUUCUUUUUUUCUUUUUCUUUUCCCUUCUCAUAUCGUCCCGUUUUCCCUCUUUUUCCCGUUUUCGUGCCUGGUUUCCCCCCCUUCUAUCAUACCCCUCGCCAGUUUUAUGACGCUGAGAACUCUUAUCUAUUGGAUGGAGUCAUUGAUAAGAUUUUUUUUUUUUCCCCUCUCGUUCCGCACUUUAUUUGCGGGAGGGAGAUCGAGAAUUCUUCAUUUGUCGGCAUAUAUCGGGUGGGUACCUCCCUUCGGAUGGUGUUCUCAAUCAUAUAUCGCGCUGGUUUUUUUGAAAGAAAGAAUAAAAAUAAAAAAUAAAAAACCUGUUUUCUUUUCUUUUCUUCUUUUCCCCCAUCCUCCGCGCUUAUGUGUGAUUUACCCCCUCACUCAUUUUCAACUAUGA